CAAAAUGACCGAAAGGAAAGCAGUCAUCAAGAAUGCCGACAUGAGCGAGGACAUGCAGCAAGAUGCUGUAGACUGCGCCACAACAGCUCUCGAGAAAUACAACAUUGAAAAAGACAUUGCUGCCUACAUCAAGAAAGAGUUCGACAAAAAAUACAACCCAACAUGGCAUUGUAUCGUUGGACGUAACUUUGGAAGCUAUGUGACCCAUGAAACAAAGCACUUUAUCUAUUUCUAUCUUGGACAAGUUGCCAUCUUACUCUUCAAGUCUGGAUGAAAUGGAACUGUAUACUUCCUCCACGAUGAUAUUUACCGGUCUCUUUCCUACAUAUGACGGAUGAAAGGCAAGCUGACAGCUGGGAAUCGGCUGAUUAGUGUGGACUUGUGUGUGAGAUGAUGUUUCUUGACUGUUUGUGGAUCUGCAUUUCUCAAAGAACCAAAUCAAACCAACCUCUGAAUCAGGACGUAUGAGCCUGCGACUUAAAACGUUUUUGUACUUAUAUAUUUAUCAUUUUUUGUUACUUUUGUUGUCAUCAUGUGGAACAUAAUGAAGCCUUUUUAUUUAAUCUAUUAAAAUCAUAUUGUUUACUAUA